UUCAUUUUUUUUAUUUAUUUAUUGUAUGGAAAAAUCCCACUUAAAGAAACAGACCGCCAUUACAUUUUUCCUCUCGCGCACCCCCUGGUGGCAGCUUGCGUACCCCUGGGGGUGCGCGUACCACACUUUGGGAAUCCCUGUUCUAGUGGAUGAAAACAUCCCUAACAACACAUAAGGGUUAAUAAAGUAAAACUGUAUGAAUUACAUCAGUUUGCCCUUUCUACUCAUAGUCAUAAUGGUCCUAUUUACACUUAUUUACAAAAUAAAGGUGCUUCACGGACUCUUACCCAUUUUCGGGUAUCCCUGAGCGGCAAAAAAAAUGACGGCUGGCUCACCCACUUUUGGCUUAAAAAUAACACUUCACAACCUAUGGGUGAUGUCAUGGACACUACGUCCAUAUUUUUUACAGUCUAUCUUAUCCCAUCCUCUUGGGAUUUCCUGCUGGGAUUAAUCAUUAACACAAAUGUCAACCGAUUCUGUUAUUCUGGCCUCUGUAAUUUAUGAGAAGUUGUGUCCACUCAAAGUCUCUUUGAAAGCUUUUGUCUUGCAGUUGGAAAUGACGAUAUCGUAAUUGACCACAGACAUAAUGGGCCUAUUUAAGCGAUGAGGAAACGUGAUCUCCACUUAAAGCAUGCACAAUUUGACAGCGGUUCCAGAAAUGUCCAUGAAACGCACAUAUACACAGAUUUCAGUAAAAGCUUGGAUACUGUUUAUGAGCGCGGUGCACUAAAAAUAACAAUGGGAUAAUAUGGGUCAAUCUAAAAGGAUCCCAAAUAAUGAUGUGACACCUGUUUAAAUAUUUACAUUUUUAUUACAUAGUGCUUUUUCUAAUACUCAUUUUAGUUGUCCUAACCCUAAUCCUAUUCAAAGUGACUUGUAGUAUAUUGGAUUACAUGCUAUACAUUAAUAUACAUGAGUUCCACCUCCAGACCUUUUUAUGAAUUAACAUUUAUAAUUUACAUAUAGUUGUUGAUUUAGUGUUUAUGCAAUAGUUAGUACAAAGUGUGUUUCUCUCAUGUACAGUAAAUGAUCAGGCUAUUAUGGUAAUGGAGAGCCUAGCGUCUCAAGGGACCAAACAGAGCGAGAAGCAUGCAAAUAAUGAGGGAGAGGCAUGCAAAUAAUAAGGGGAAGGCAAAUGUGGUCAAUCUUUCCUUUUUGUAAAUUCAUUAGGUUACAGGAGAGGACACAUUCCUUCAUUCAGCACACGCUGGUUUGUCUGGUGCACUGGACUUUUAUUCAAGCGUGAUUUUUUUUCAGCUUUACACAUCUACAAUGGUCCCAAGAAUUAUGGAUUGUAUCGCAGAUUUCUUUGUGUAUGAAACGACCAAAUCCGUUGUGGUGAAGAGUUGGUCUGUGGGAACCAUCAAUCGGGUUGUCCAGCUGCUAAUUAUUCUGUACUUUGUCUGUUGGGUAUUUCUCCAUGAAAAAGCAUAUCAGAAUCGAGACACAGCAAUUGAGUCUGCGGUCAUGACUAAAGUGAAGGGCUUGGGCACUUUGAACAACCAUGUGAUGGAUGUAGCAGACUAUGUAUCUCCUCCACAGGGUUCUUCAGCAUUCAGUAUAAUUACCAAAUUGAUCAUCACAGACAAUCAGAUGCAAGGACUAUGCCCUGAGAUUGAUGAAAAAUUCUCAUGCGAGACCGAUGUUGACUGUGAUAACAGAAAAGACGCACAUCUAGCCAAUGGCAUUCUAACAGGAAGAUGUUUGAACAAUUACUCAUCUUCAAUGAAAACUAGUGGACAAUGUGAAAUUCAAGGCUGGUGUCCUGCAGAGAAUGACAAAAGUGAAGAGAACCCAAUGAAUGUUGAUAACUUUACCAUCUUCAUCAAGAACAGCAUUCGAUUUCCUCUGUUUAAUGUCACUAGGGGUAAUUUCCCUUCCAGCAUGAACAUUGCGAGCUGUUUAUAUGACCCGGUGGACAAUCCAUCGUGUCCGAUCUUUAAAGUGGGAGAUAUUCUGAAAAUUAUCAAUCAAGCCAACAUUAUUAAAACAGGAGGGGAGAUUGGAAUUAACAUAGCCUGGAAGUGUAAUCUGGAUUAUUCUGAGGAAAACUGCAAUCCACAAUACUCAUUUACUCGACUCGAUGCUGUGUUCCAGAACAGUGGAGCCUCCAAAGGAUAUAACUUCAGAUUUGCUAAAUACUACAAGUCUGAGAAUGGGACUGAGCAUCGAACGCUUCAUAAAGCUUAUGGCAUCAGCUUCGAAAUAAUCGUGUCUGGCGAUGCAGGAAAGUUCGGCAUUGUGCCAUUUAUGAUUAAUCUUGUGACCCUUGUGACAUCAGUGGGACUGGCUACUGUGUUCUGUGAUGUCAUCCUUCUUCAUUUCCAUCAUGGCGCUGAUGAGUACAAAGCAAAGAAAUUUGAAAAGGUGUCAAAUAUUGUAUCUCAUUCAUGCGAUGACCAACUCUAUAAGAGCAGCCAGAUAUCGAUCAAAGCAAUGUGAGCUACUGAAGACCACGAAUGAGGAGAAAAGCCAUAUAUGGGAAGAAUUGUUGAAUUGUGUAUAUUGUUGUCUUGUCAAUCAUUUGUUUGAAAAAUGUGUGUUAUAUGAAAACUCAGUUGGUUAUUUGUCAAGUCUGUUAGAGAAAAGUUUUUGUUCAUUUGUAAAUAAAUAUUUUAUUCUUCAUUCAAUCUAUUGCAUUAAAAUAUUAAAACAUUAACU